CCGUGCGGAAGGCGCGGCCCCGCCGCUGCCGCCCGGAAGCCGCGGGGCGCGCCCGGAAGGCGGUGGCGGCCGGGAGGCGGUGCCGGGGCUGCCACGUUGGAGCGGUCUGGGGACGGCAAAAUGAAGCUGAAGGAAGUAGACCGUACUGCCAUGCAGGCAUGGAGCCCUGCCCAGCAGCACCCCAUUUACCUGGCUACAGGUACAUCAGCUCAGCAGCUGGAUGCAACCUUCAGUACAAGUGCUUCUCUAGAAAUAUUUGAGUUGGACUUAGCAGACCCUUCACUGGAUAUGAAGAGCUGUGCCACAUUCUCCUCCUCACACAGGUACCACAAGCUGAUCUGGGGCCCUCACAGCAUGACCUCAGGGGACAGAGUGUCUGGAGUCCUGAUUGCUGGGGGUGAAAAUGGAAAUGUCAUCUUGUAUGACUCAGCCAAAAUCAUAGAUGGAGAGGCUGAAGUAAUAAUAGCCCAGAAAGACAAGCACACGGGACCAGUGAGAGCGCUCGAUGUCAACAUGUUCCAGACUAAUCUGGUAGCCUCUGGUGCUAAUGAGUCUGAAAUCUAUAUCUGGGACUUGAACAACUUUGCUACACCAAUGACACCAGGAGUGAAGACACAGCCUCUGGAGGACAUCAGCUGCAUUGCAUGGAACAGGCAAGUGCAGCACAUCCUGGCCUCCGCCAGCCCCAGCGGCCGGGCCACCGUCUGGGACCUCAGGAAGAACGAGCCCAUCAUCAAAGUCAGUGACCACAACAACAGGAUGCACUGCUCAGGCUUGGCGUGGCACCCUGAAGUUGCCACCCAGAUGGUUUUGGCUUCAGAGGAUGAUAGGCUGCCUGUUAUUCAGAUGUGGGACCUAAGAUUUGCCUCCUCACCACUUCGUGUUCUAGAAAGUCACACAAGGGGUAUAUUGGCCAUUGCUUGGAGUCUGGCAGAUCCAGAGCUGCUACUUAGCUGUGGGAAGGAUGCUAAAAUUCUCUGCUCCAACCCUAACACGGGCGAGGUGCUGUACGAGCUGCCCACCAACACCCAGUGGUGCUUUGACAUCCAGUGGUGCCCAAGGAACCCUGCUGUGCUGUCUGCAGCCUCCUUUGACGGGCGCAUCAGUGUCUACUCCAUCAUGGGCGGCAGCGCCGAUGGCCUGAGGCAGAAGCAAGUUGACCAGCUCUCCUCGUCUUUUGGGAACCUUGAUCCAUUUGGCACGGGCCAGCCCCUGCCUCCCCUGCAGCUUCCCCAGCAGACUGCCCCACAGAGUGUGGUGAUGCCUCUGAAGAAACCACCCAAGUGGAUCCGGCGACCCAUGGGAGCGUCCUUCUCGUUUGGAGGCAAGCUGGUGACAUUUGAGAAUUCCAAGCCUCCGCAGCAGCCGGGCAUGGAGCAGCAGCAGCAGCAUCCCCAUGUCUACGUGAGCCAGGUUGUCACAGAGAAGGAGUUCCUGGCCCGCUCAAACCAGCUGCAGGAGGCUGUGCAGUCCCAGGGCUUUGUCAGCUACUGCCAGAAGAAAAUCGACAUGGCCCUGGCUGACUUUGAGAGGAAUGUGUGGGCCUUCUUAAAGGUGAACUUUGAAGAAGAUUCACGUGUUAGAUACCUCGAGCUCUUAGGAUACCGGAAGGAUGAUCUGAGGAAGAAGAUCACAUCUGCUCUGAAUAAAGAAGGUCUUCCAGAUGGUGUCUUGGGAGAGGCUCCUACAGAAUCUGAUGGAUCUGUGCCAAAUGAGGGGGAUGAAGGCCAGACUACAGAGGAACAGUUCUUGGGAGAGACGCUGAAGGACCAUAAAAAAGAAACUGAAGAUUUGGGAUCUGCAAAGACAACAUUUAACAUUUCUGUUAGUGGAGAUGUGGAUGGGCUGAUCACACAGGCUCUGCUGACAGGGAACUUUGAAAGUGCAGUGGAUCUGUGCCUGCACGACAACCGCAUGGCUGAUGCCAUCAUCCUGGCCAUCGCCGGCGGGCAGGAGCUGCUCUCCCGGACGCAGGAGAAGUACUUUGCCAAGAUGCAGAGCAAAAUCACCAGGCUCAUCACUGCAGUUGUGACAAAGAACUGGAAAGAGAUUGUGCAGUCUUGUGACCUGCAGAAUUGGAGAGAGGCAUUGGCUGCUGUGCUCACUUAUGCCAGGCCAGAUGAGUUUACAGCCCUUUGUGAUCUCCUGGGUAGCAGGCUGGAGAAUGAGGGGGACAGCGUUCUACAGACACAAGCUUGCCUCUGUUACAUUUGUGCUGGCAACGUGGAUAAACUUGUUGCUUGUUGGACCAAAGUUCAGGAUGGAAACAGCCCCUUGUCCCUUCAGGAUUUAAUAGAGAAAGUCGUGAUCCUACGCAAAGCCGUGCAGCUCACGCAGGCUGUGGACCCGAACGCCAUGGGUACCCUUUUGGCUGAGAAGAUGAGCCAAUAUGCCAACCUCCUGGCUGCUCAGGGAAGCCUGGCUGCAGCACUCACCUUCCUCCCUGCCAACACCAACCAGCCAAACAUCGUGCAGCUACGGGACAGGCUGUGCAGAGCCCAGGGGGAGCUCCCAGUGGGACAGGAUGGCCUCAAGGGACAAUAUGAGAGAGAACCCAUGCCCAAAGGGCGAGCUGGCCCCGUGGCUGGACGGAUGCAGGCGCCCCAGGCUCCAGCCCAGCAGUAUUACCAGCAGGUUAGAAUUGCCCCUACUGUCACUACCUGGAGUAACAAAACUCCUACUGCCCUUCCCAGCCAUCCUCCUGCAGGCUGUCCCUCUGACACACAGGGGGACAACCCACCUCCUCCAGGGUUUAUUAUGCCAGGAGCUGUUGGCCCCAGCAUGCCACCACAGCAAGCCACAUCUUCCAACUACAGCAUGUACCCGCAAGCAGGAACACGGCCAGUGUACCCACAGACAUAUCAGGCCACACAGCAGUACUCCUCUGGAACUGGGGGACCAGCUCUCUAUCAGCCUCAGCAGCCUAUUGCUGCCCCUGCUUCAGCCUCCUACCCCAGCCCUGCCCCUAACACCACCCCCUCCUACGUGCCCUCUGCCCCUGCCCACUCCGUGCCCUCCCCGCUGUACCCCGGGCAGCCUCAGCCCUCCCCAACGAGCCUGAAUCCCAUCUCUUCCUUCCCUGUUCCUCCUGCUGGCACAUCCUUUCAGCAUGGCAGGCCAGGACUUCCAGCAACUUCUGUGGCUUAUGCAUUACCUACUGGACCAACAGGUACUCUGCCUGCAACCAGUGAUCUUCCUGCAUCCCAGAGAACAGAAAGUCUACCAUCUCAAGACCAGGCCUCUCCCUUCGCAGGUGAACUAGGGCCUCAGAACGGCUGGAAUGACCCUCCCACCCUCAACAGAGCUGCCAAGAAGAAGAAGGUUCCUGACAACUUCCUGCCCCCGGUCCCCAUCACCUCCCCCAUCAUGAACCCGCUGGCGGACCCGCAGUCUCAGAUGCAGCAGCCCCAGGCUCCAGCACCACCCAGCAAUGCCCCCAGCUUCCAGCCUCCACACCUGCCUUCAGGGCAGAUGGUGCUGCAAGGUGGCUUCCAGCCUGCUGCCCAGCCCCUGGGGCCAUCCACCAUGCCACCCACUGUUUCCAAACCCAGCACGGAGGGGGCCCCGGGGGCCCCGAUCGGCAACGCCAUCCAGCAUGUGCAGGCACUGCCAACAGAGAAGAUCACCAAGAAGCCCAUCCCUGAGGAGCACCUUAUUCUGAAGACUACAUUUGAAGCUCUCAUCCAGAGGUGCCUGCUGUCUGCCUCUGAUCCGCAAACCAAGAGGAAACUGGAUGAUGCAAAUAAACGCCUGGAGUUUCUGUAUGACAAACUUAGGGAACAGACACUCUCUCCAACCAUCAUUAGUGGCUUGCACAACAUUGUGAAGAGCAUCGAGACCCGCAACUACCAGGAGGGACUGAACAUCCACACACACAUUGUCAGCACCAGCAACUUCAGCGAGACCUCUGCUUUCAUGCCAGUCCUCAAGGUUGUCCUCACCCAGGCCAAUAAGCUGGGGGUGUGAGGUGGCCCCAGGCUUGCAGAGCCCUGGUGGUUGCUUUCCCAAAGAAGUGCAUUUCUACGGCAGACAUGCGGGAAAUGGACCAAAUGCUCGUCCUCACAGCAUGGCGCAGUAGAGCUGACAAAUGGCAUUACACUCUCCCUGCAAAGUACCUGGUUCUAGAAGGGCUGUGUAGCCCUGGUGCUUUUCUUAUAUUAAUCCUUUUCCCAUCCCUAACGAUUCUCAUCUACAAAUAGUGUAUUUAAUGGAUGAUGUCCCACGUUGUCAAUUUUUAGGUGCAUGUUACACUGCUAAACAGUGGCUUUUAAUAACAGAUGUAUGUGUUGAAACAACAAUCUAAGCUGUGUAUUGGACCCUAAAACAGAUUAUUCCCUUCUACCCCACUGUUCCUUAUCCACCAGAUUAAAAACAGUCUGAUCAUGUUACAAGUGUAUUUGGUCUUUCAUUUUAUGAAGCUGCUUGCAGUUCUGUUAUUGCAAUUUACAUGUUAAGUAGCUUAAUUGUGCACUGGGGCAAAUGAGCAAAAUAAAAGCUUCUGUGGUAUUUGCAA